CAGAAGGCUUUGCCAAACAGAACUACACACACAAUACAUCGUUUGGACGUGUCCGAGUCCGACAGCCACCGUCCACGUUAGCCACCUUAUUACUUACGUCCCAUAUCCAACUACUCCAUCUUACAGCGUUAUACGAGGUCAAACGCAAGAGGUCUUUCUAAAUGAGCGAUCGAUUUGGACAAUGAUUUCUUUGAUGCAAUGUGGGGUUUUGACUCUGAGGCCGGCUUCGGCACCUUGACGAAGAGUGUGCCAGGCUUUGUCGUCCCAUCUGUUCUGGACGCGGCCUGCUGCAUUCUUGAGGUUACACCGAUAAUCAUGCAGACCAGAAUCAAAAUUCAGCACAUAACAACCACGCUUGCGUUUAGAUUCCAAGGCGCCGUAAUUAUGGCUGUCGACUCGCGUGUUACCGCUGGAAGCUAUGUCGCAUCUGGAACAGUCAAAUUAACCCUUACUUGCUGGGAACGAUGGCUGGUGGUGCUGUACUGGGAAACAUACCUUGGCAUGCAUUGUCGAUUGCAUAAACUCAGAAACCGAGAACGGAUAUCAGUAUCAGCUGCUAGCGAAUACUUGAGCAACCUUGUGUAUAGCUACAAGGGAAUGGGUUUGAGCAUCUAUUACCAGACCAACGAUGACACUGUCGUAACUCAACCCGCUUCAACUUCGCAUUCAUAUCUCUUCCUGAGUGUUUUCGCAGUCACCUUCGAUUGA